AUGACAAGAUCAUAUCAUCAAAUUGAAAGCUUUUUAAAAAGAACAGGAGGAACCGCAGAAGAAGAAGGAAAUGUUAAUUAUCAUGAUUUUAAAAUACUUGUUGUUGGUGCUGGAGGAUUAGGAUGUGAAGUAUUAAAAGCAUUAGCAAUGGUUGGAUUUCAAAACCUUACAAUUAUAGACAUGGAUACAAUUGAAUAUUCUAAUUUAAAUAGACAAUUCUUGUUUAGAAAAAAAGAUGUUGGAAGACCAAAAUCUGAAGUUGCAGCUGAGUUUGUAAUGAAAAAAGUACCUGGUUGUAAGAUUACCCAUGUUGUUGGGAGAUUAGAAGAUCAACCAUUGUCAUUUUACAAAUCCUUCAAAUUAGUGAUUAGUGGAUUAGAUAAUUUAGGGGCACGAAGAUGGACUAGCUCUACAUUAUGUUCAUUAGUAGAAACAAAGAAUGGGGAAAUUAACCCAAACACUAUUAUUCCAUUGAUUGAUGGUGGAACAGAAGGGUUCCAAGGACACGUUAUGGUUAUUGUUCCUAAAGUUGGUCCAUGUUUAGAUUGUAUUAUCUCUCUCUUCCCACCACAGAAAACAUUCCCUAUGUGUACUAUUGCUUCACAACCAAGACUUCCAGAACAUUGUAUUGCUUGGGCUUCUCAAAUAGCAUGGGAAAAUCCAACAAUUAAUACAGAAUUUCCACAUGGAACUAAAGUUGAUGCUGAUAAUCCAGCUCAUGUACAAUGGGUUUAUGAACACGCUUUACAACGUGCAGAAGAAAAGAACAUUUCUGGAGUUACAUAUCGUUUAACAUUAGGAGUUAUUAAAAAUAUUAUGCCAGCUAUUGCUUCUACAAAUUCACUUAUUGCCGCACAAACAGCAAAUGAAGCAUUUAAAUAUGCCACUGGGUGUGCAAAUAAUCUUGACAAUUAUUUAGUUUAUUAUGGAAAAGAUGGAAUUAACACUUCUGUUGAAUCUUUGGAGAAGAAGAAAGGAUGUUUAGUUUGUGAUAUGCAAACAAUGAGCAAAAGUAUUCCAGCAACUUUCACACUACAACAACUUGUUGAUGAAAUAAGUGAUGAUCCUGAGUUACAAGUUUCUAACCCAAGUAUAGGAUUAGAAAGUGGACAAAUUAUUUUUGUUUCUCGAGGACCAUUAAAAGAACAAACAGAAAAAAAUUUAGGAUUAGAAUUACCUCAACUUGGAGUUAAGGAAGGAGAAGAGUUAAUAAUCAAUUCUCCAGCAAUAUCAUCACCUAUUUUCUUAAAGAUUCAUUAUGAAUAUUGA